UUCACUGUUGAGCAGCGAACGGUGGAAGGACGGAGAAGAAUUACUCUGAGUGAUAUUGAAGCACACCUUUCGUAAUACGUCGGAAGAUUUUUCUUCGAGUUCUUCUGAAAGCUUCUUUUUUCAUUGUAUAACAUGCCUUUCAAGUCACUUACUGAUGCCGAAUAUGAAGACAUAUUUAAAGCAGCCAUUGGUGAUUGUUACGAAGUGGAAAGCAGUUUUGUGGGCGAUAUUUGCAAAUCACUUGCAUACAAAGGAAUCAAUAACCGUAAAACUGUUGAGGAUGAAGUAGUGACGCCUAAAGAAAACGAAGCGUUAACACCUGGGGAGACAGCAAAACAUGAAAGUCACACAUUAGUCAGCAGAACGGAAAAUGUUUCAGAAAAAGCAAAGAAAGUCAAGCUCUUUUCUGCUCCUGAGAUACUCGGUCAAAAGAUUAUUCCAGUAUUCAAAAGUAAACCGAAAACGAAAAUUCAAGAUCAUCCAGAAAAUAAUGCUACAAAAAAAAGCCCAGAGAAGGGAAAAGAAAAGGAUAAUCCAGAACAAGGACACGAAAAUGCCAUAAGUGGAAAGAAAAUAAGGAGAGAUGACUCCCUCGAUUACUGCAAGACAACAAGUAAAAACAAAGAAAGCCCACAGAACGCAAAAGAAAAGGAUAACCUGGAACAAAAACACCAAAAUGCCAAAAGUGGAAAGAAAAUAAGAAGAGAUGACUUCCUUGAUCACUGCAAGGAAACAAGUAAAAACGAAGACUUGGAUGAAAUAUGCUAUGCAACAUCUACUGAAAAGGCAUCUCCCAUCAAGUUAGAUAAAGAAUCUUCUGAAAUGACUGUCACUGUCCUCAAAGGCAAUAAAAAUGUUAAUAAAAAUAAAAUGCCUUCAAAGACAAGUGGGUCAUCCCUCAUAAAAUUAGGCAAAAAAACUUCUGAAAUGAAUUCCACUGUUCACAAAGGCAGGAAAAAUGUUAAUAAAGACAGAAUGCAGUCUGGGACAAAUAGCUCAGCUACUAUGAAAAGUACUUCACAGACAAGGAAGACUUCAAAGAAACCAAAGUUGUCCAACAGUACUAAGGAAAUGGAAACCUCAGUUGAAGCAGAUGAAUUAUCACCUAAAUGCCAGAGCUCUAACAAAACUACGACACCAGCACCAUCAGGAGAAGUUAUUUCAAAAGAAAGACCAUGUAAAGUAACUCUGUCCUCACACUCAAAGGUGAAUUUUUAUGUUGUUUAAGAUGAAAUGAAAACACAAGUUUUUAAGAUAUUGUAGUUUUACAAGUUAGAGUAACUUAAAUAAUUCUAGGUACAGAAUUGUGUUCUCAUGUAAUUUCCUGGAUUAUUACUUUAGUCUGUAUUUGUUGGUUAUGAUCAAACAAUGGAAACUCCAAGUAGGAAUAUCAACAAUGUAGGAAAAGACAGUUUGUUACUGAAUGUAAAGAAGUACCAGACAGGCACAAUUAAAAGACGCUUACAUAAAGCUUUCAGCCACAGUCUUCAUCAGUAGAGAGAGACACACACUGUUUACACACACAAACAGGCACACAUAUCCAGCCCAAGAUGCUGGAGUUGGCAGUCGUGUGUGUGUGAGGUGUGCCUGCUUGUGUGUGAAUGGUGUGUGUCUCUCUCUUUAUUGAUGAAGGCUGUACCUGAAGGCUUUACAUAAGUCUCUUUUUAUUGUGCCUGUCUGCAACUUGAUGUUGCUUCUUUACUGGUUAUAAGUCAAAGUUGUUCUUCGUGGUCUGUUUCCAGUAUUAUGUUAAACUGAGAAUUCAUUGAGUAAGAGCUACAACAG